GGCUCUUAAAGGGGCCGCGCGUUGCUGGAGGCCGGUUCCCCGGUUCGCGGGCCGCUGGAGUCGACUGGGAAAGCUUUGCUUCCUCUUCGCUAACCGGAAGAGAGAAGCCGCCCGCCUUCGCCUCGCUCGCGACCUAACGCCUCAGCGUGUCUCCCGUGUGGUAGCGCUCCGGCAGCUCGCGGCGCCUCGAUAGACGCGUUACAAACAGUCUCCGUCAGUACUGCCCAGCCAUGGCUCGUGGUCCCAAGAAGCAUCUGAAGCGAGUUGCAGCUCCAAAGCAUUGGAUGCUGGAUAAGCUGACCGGGGUAUUUGCUCCUCGACCAUCCACUGGUCCCCACAAGCUGAGAGAAUGUCUCCCUCUCAUCAUUUUCCUGAGGAACAGGCUCAAGUAUGCUCUAACAGGAGAUGAGGUGAAGAAGAUAUGCAUGCAGCGGUUCAUUAAGAUUGAUGGUAAGGUCCGCACUGAUAUAACCUACCCUGCUGGCUUUAUGGAUGUCAUCAGCAUUGACAAGACUGGAGAGAAUUUCCGACUAAUCUAUGAUACCAAGGGUCGCUUUGCUGUUCAUCGCAUUACACCCGAGGAAGCCAAGUACAAGUUGUGUAAAGUGAGAAAGAUAAUCGUGGGCACCAAAGGAAUUCCUCAUCUGGUCACCCAUGAUGCGCGUACCAUCCGCUAUCCUGAUCCGCUCAUCAAGGUGAAUGACACCAUUCAGAUUGAUUUGGAAACUGGCAAGAUUACAGAUUUCAUCAAGUUCGACACUGGUAACCUGUGCAUGGUAACCGGAGGUGCUAACCUGGGAAGAAUUGGCGUGAUCACCAAUAGAGAGAGACACCCUGGUUCUUUUGAUGUAGUCCAUGUGAAAGAUGCUAAUGGUAACAGCUUUGCAACCCGUCUUUCCAACAUUUUUGUUAUUGGCAAAGGCAACAAGCCAUGGAUUUCUCUUCCCCGAGGAAAAGGUAUCCGCCUCACCAUUGCUGAAGAGAGAGAUAAGAGAUUGGCAGCCAAGCAGAGCAGUGGGUGAGAUGCUUUCUAGGUGGCAUAGUUGGAUAGAAGGGUCUUGAUGCUUAAAUAAAGAUAAUACAACAUGAUUUUUAAAAAAAAAAAUUAAAUUUGACUCAUCCCUUAAAUAAGACCUUUGCUCUAUGCCAUGCAUACUUCAUCUUGAUGUGAAAAGGGGCUCCAAAACUGACUAUAGUCGUUCUGUUCUCAAUUUAAAAAUGGCUUCUUAGUUUCACUGUCACUAUUCCUUUUAUCAGAUUCAAAACAAAAAUCAUCUUUGCUUUUCUGUUUCCUUGUUUUUUAAUCCUUUAAUCAGUAAACAGCUGAUAUCUUUAAGUGUUCAUUUUUUUCAGGGUGAAAAAUCACUUCCUUGCUAUGGUGACCUCCUCUUUUUUGAUUCUACACCUUUUUACAAAACAUUGCCAAUCCACUUUUCAAACUACUUCCAUAUUAAUCUUUCAUUAAGAAAACAAACAUUUAAAAUGUUAAUUCAAAUUCCUUUCAUAUCAAAGGAAUUGAAAAUUUAUGUCUACAUAAAAAAACCACAUACAGGUUUUUAGCCGAAUUGCCAGUUCUUGGAAGCAACGAAGAUAUCCUUCGGUAGGAGAAUUGAUAAAUAAACCCAUAAAUCCAGGCAGUGGAAUAUUAUUCAGCACUAAAAGAAAUGCGCUAUCAAGCCGUGAAAGAACAUGAAGGAACCCUAAAUGCUUAUUACUCAGUAAAAGAAGUCAGUGUGAAAAGGCCACACCCUGUAUGUUUUCAACUGUGACUCAACUGUGACAUUCUGGAAAAAGCAAAACUAUGAAGACUAAAUAGCUCAUUGGUUACUAGGAGUUGGGGUGAAGGGUGGGUAUGAACAGCAUGGGAUUUUUUGGACAGUAGAAGUACCCUGAUACUAAAGGGAUGCGUGUUAUUACACCUUUGUGCAAACCCUAUACAAGAGUUAUGCCAGCUUUGAGCUUUGGGUGAUUAUGAUAUGUUAGUGUACUUUUGUCAACUGUAACAGACUACUCUUGUGGAGGAAUGUUAAUAAAAGAGGAGACUGCAUGUGUGGGGUCAGGGUUAUAGGGGAAGCCUACCUUCCUUUAAAUUUUGCUGAUACUUUCAAAGUGCUGUAAAAAGUUGUAAAGAAUAAAAACUCGUAUUAGAUGUUAAAAAAUAAUAAAAAUUUUAUUUAAAAAUGUUAAAAAGUUGUUUAAUUUUUUAGAGAUGAAGGAAAAAUUCAUUACCUGAGGUUCUGUAAUAUUUUCAGGUCCUCCCCCAUCUACCCUGGCUUCACUUUGUUUCCACUAUUGACUGACUCCUGCUGUCAUAGUAUGCCAUGCUCAUUCCUAUUUAUGUGCUGCUUCAUUUUUUUGAGUACUUUCUUGUGUGCCCAGAUGUUUGUAAUACCUAGAUGCCUCCACUUGAUUUUCAAAACUACCUUAUAAAGGUAAGCAUUGUUAACAUAAUUUCACUAAUGAGAAUUAGAAGGGUUAGGUAACCUGUAAAAGUCACAAAUUUAGGAAAUGGUGGAAUCAAGGUUCAAGCUCAGCUCUUUGAUGUCAAAUAUGUAUUAAAAAUUUUGUCCAACAUUUUAUGAAUAAGUUUUUAGCAUUCUCAGGUGAAUUCUCAGAGUUAAGUGUCUUAAAAUAUAUAUUGAAUAAUUAAAAAAUUACUGCUUGAGUCAAAAGUAUGCUAACAUGAAAUUAACAAUACAAAAUGUGGAUAAAAUUAAAUGUGAUGGAGAUAAAUAUUUGAUGGAGUGGUUAGAGAGGCAGCCCAAAGAAGUAAACACUUGGGUAUAGCGUUAGAGGAAGGGUAGGGUUUGCAGAACAUUCCAGACAUGGGAAAGGGGUUAGUAACCAACAGAAAAGCCUUGGUGUGAUUCUAAGGACACAGAGCAGACCUGUUAGGCCAGAAUAAGUUCCUGGAGAAGUGAAAUGGGAGCUAAAGUUGAAGAGCUAGCAAGAAGGAGACUAGAGGGUCUUGGAAAGGAAGUUUGCUUUGUUUAGUGGUCAAUUCAGUCAUUUUUUGGAAAAGGGGGAAUAUGUUCAUAACCAUCAGUAAGUGUUAGAAGAAACCCAAUGUUUACAAGGUAAUGCUUUGAGAUGAUGGUCCCUGACGGGGGAAGUAUUUCCUUCUCCAUUUUUCCUAAACCCCAAACACCUAUUAACAUCUGUUUAAGUCCUAAUGUGAUUUCACUGGGCAGAGGGAGUAUUUUCUGAGGCUGUGGUUCAUUCUAUUUGGUAACAAUGUUUAUUUCCCUCAAUAAUUUCUUUGUUCCCAAAAAGCAGGGGCUAUGCUGAUAAUUGUCUUUUUACCAAGCCCAACAAGUGACACUUCCUUUAAAAGAAGCAAGUGCCAAAGUACAUGAUCUUACAACAAAUGUCUUCAUUACAUAAGCAGUUGUUUUGUAUCUAGGACAUCUUUUGAGGACAAGUAUUCCAUUUUACAAAGACAGUCACAGUGCUAAAUGAAUAUUGCAUCUGUUCAAUGAAAAAGAUACCUGAAGAUUGAUUAUUGUUAAUACAUGCACAGAAUUAGUAAACAUCUAAUAUCAAAAUAAAGUGUGAAAUGCCAUUGAGUUGUACACCCAUUUUUCUCAAAGUUAACGACAUCAAGAUGAGAAAUGGUAAAACGUAUAUUGAAG